CACCUCUUCAGCACUUCCCAGCACCACACCGCCGCCGACGUUCUCGCCCACACCGCCGCCAACGUCCGGGCGCAGUCCCACCCCCUCCUUUCACUGCUAGUCGCUUGUCAGCGGCGUUUGCAGCUCUUUUUUUCUUUGCCCUGUCUACGAAACAAUCAGCUUAAUAUGGCCGUCCCUGCACCAUCAUCGACUGACUUUGCCCGUGAAGAAUGGUCCGACGCCGACUUUGACCUUCCAGAUGGUCAAGCUUUGCAUUCAGCGGCGGAUAAAGAUGAAGAGAUUGAGGAUUGGGAUGUGGAGAUGGAUUUUGGCAAGUCAGCCCAGAUUACCUCCGCCCCCGCCUCUUCCCAGAUGUUCAUCAUUCGACCGCCCACCCAAUCACUUCCCGAGAUUGACGAUGACGAUGAGGAGGGCGUAUCGACAAUCAAGGUCGCCUCCGUUCUGCCAAGGGCCCCUUUGGCCAAAACUCCACGGAGCCCAAUCGACGAAGAUUUUGAAGACGCCUUUUCCCUUCCCUCCGACCUCACACAACUCUCUCUCGCUCCUUUGUCUCUCAAUCAUCGCCUUUCCAAGACUUCACUCGAGUGGGGCGACAAGGACCAAACAUCAUCGUCCCAGUCCUCGGAUGCCUACUCGUCCCUUGGAUUCGCUGACGCCUCACCUUCUUCCAACUCUACUUCCUCUGCAUCUCUUCCACAUACAGAGGAUGAAGAUGACGACGAGGAAGAUCUUGACGGGCUGGUAAUACCUGUCGGUAUAUUCGAGUCGGGCAAGGGUGCACGUCACCUGACCAAAUUACUGGAGAUGAAAAAGAAGGCACCUGUUCAGGACAUACACCAACCAACCUCUCGAACCGAUGCAGAGGAUGACUUUGAAACUGGUCUCAUCAUUGACGAUGACUUUGAACUCAGUCCCAGUCGACUGAUUUCUAACCAGCAACAAUCUCAGCGGGCACUCAAUCUCCGCUCCAACAGCCUUCCUAUGCAACGUCAUCCCUCAUCGCUACGCCCCUCCUCAUCCCGCUUGAAACCCAGUCGAGCUAAAUCACCAGUUACUUCUCGCCCACCCACUCGAUCACAAGGCAGUUUAUCACCAACCGGCCCCUCAUCAUUCCUUUCCCCCAAACCCGGCAAUCUACGUGGCCAGAAGUCACAUUCUGGUCUCAAGCCACCAAGCCCACCGUCAAAUGCACGCAAACUAACGCGAAAGGCUUCGUUGUCAUCGUUGAUGGAGACCAGCAGUAAUAAUCAGGCGUCAGGCUCUGGUUCGGUCUCUAGUGCGACUUCUAAAGGCUACGAGAUUUCAACUGCGGCAUCGCGUGCCAGAACGUUCAAGGGGAAGGAGUAUAAAGUACCUCCCACUCGACCGUCAACUCCCUCCGCCAAUCCCGCUGCCCUCCGUCUUACCAUGCCAACAGCCAUGCGCUCCAAAUCCCGCCCCGCCCUUUCUUCCGUCUUCAAUGGCCCCUCCUCCGCUUCCGGCUCACAAUCUCCAUUAUUCCGAUCCAUGUCGCCUCUUCCCCCCCGCCCAUCCUCACAUCUUGCUACAACACGACGACCAUCUCCAACACCCCCCGCUCCCCCUCCAUCAGCCCGGCCCACAGCUCCCAGAAUACUCAGACGACCAAAGCGCCAACGAUUAUUUGGCGACGGCACUGAGCUUGACGGGUUUGAUGAUCUUCCUACCGACCGCGAAAAAGAGAGUCGGUAUCGUGUUCAGCCAAAGGGCUACGGAAACCGUGUCCCAGGCGGUAGCUACCCGUCAAAAACAGAAAGAGGCACCGUUAGGCGGAGGCGGCGAGAUGCGUCAGAUGGUGGUGGCUCACUAGAUUCUCACCUUCCUCUCGGUCCUUCUAACCGGCAACCAAGCCUCGAUCUCUCCCCGAAAUCCCAGUCCGAUCUCCCCAGGAAGAAGAAACAAAAUUCUUCGCCUUCCGCAGCAAGUCGAAAGAAACCUACACUCAUUCGAAACUUGGGUGGCGCCGGAGCACCUCGUGUGGUUGGCGAAAUGAAAUGGAACCCCCAAACUCUUCGUUGGGAAGGGAAUGAGCACGUGCUCCGAGAUUUCGAUGCCGCUGUUGGGACGUCCACACGCCCAGCAUUGAUCACACACCUUACUGGCUCAUCAAUAGGAUCGCCAGUUGGUUCGUUUGCGAACGGGGCAAGGAUAGUGGGAAACAUGAUAUUUGAUCCAGCACGAAUGUGUUGGAUAUCAACAUUACCCCCAGACGAAGACGAACCAGAUGUGUUUGCCAAUCUCGCUGACGACGAAGACGAAGACGAGUCUGCCUGGGAAAGCAAGGGUGGAACAAUACGCGCCAACUUGCAGCUUUCUGCCUCGACAUCAACAGCCACCCCGUCGGCAACUUCUAGCCCCGCUCGUAGUGACUCGUAUGUCCGAGCUGGGUCUGAAUCGGACAACGAGCGUGGAUCACGUGCUUCUCUGUUAUUCGACGUCGAUGAAACAUUCCUCGCAAGUUGUAGAGCAGCCGAGGAACGUCACCGAAGCGAAAUGAAGGGUUGGAGUGCCUCGUUACGGACAGACCCUUUCACGGAUCCUGAUCGCUCGUUCUUAUACGAGAUCCGGGAGCUUGCUACUCGCAAGUACACCUGA